UGGUAGAAGAAGACGCAUCAGCUGAAGCUUUUCUUCGUCGUCAAACAGAGAUGAAGAUCUCCUCGCUUUCUCUGAACAGUUGCUGUCGUCAUGCAAAGCUCUUCAAAUGUUCCUAAGCUGGAGAGGGAUUUUACCCGAUCAGAAUCGAACACCAACCAAAAGGCGGUGCCCAAAUUUAACCUCAACCUCAGUCUAAAUUCACAAAGCAACCCCCACGCAGUCACCAACAACUCCAAGGUGCAUGGAGGCGGUAAACCUGGAGCAAAAAAAGGGAGAUCAAGAAGUAACCUGACAACUACUGUGACAUCACCAGAGGAGAGAGAUGACUCGUCACAGAGAAAAACGAAAGCUCUGUGUCGCUCCAAAACACCUGAGGUGUCACUGGCAGGAGGAAGCAGGAGUGAUAAAAGGCUCAAAUUUACAAACCCGUCAACACUCAGCCUCAAAACAUCCAGUCCAAAAUCAAGUAUGGAGCAAAGUUCAACUGUUGCUAGCCCCAGGGUAAUGGAAAGAUUAAGAACAGCAGACAUCUCAAGUCCCAAAACAGAAGAAUCUGCAAACUUCUCAAGUCCCAAACCACAAACAGGAUUGACAACUGACAUGGCGACAAAGACUACGAACAAAUUUACAGUGAGUCUCAAAAUGCAAACAAAUCGGAGAGAAGAUGGCAGAAGAGAAAUUAGCCCUGAGACACAAGCACCCAAAACCCUUUACUCUCCUGUUAGCUUGAAAAUCCAAGAUCAGGAAGGGGAUUCCGGUGAUUUCAGUCAAACCCCAACAAUUACAUCAAUUUCCCCAAAACCAGACCGAGAAAACAUGAAUACUGAGUCAGGCAUUGACUUACGAACUCCAAGUUCUCAAAGUUCAAGGACAGAAUCCGCACCGCUUAGUGCCAAGAUCCUCCAACCGGGUCUUGUAAGUCCCAAACUGUCCAAGCAGAGAAAAGCUAUUCAGACCAGUACCAGUAUGAUAUCGUCGUCCGAUGAGAAUCUGGAUGAAGAAAACUCAAAAGUUCGAUCUGGAACCAAUAUUGGUUCCAAAUCUAGUUCAAGUUCUAAAGCCAUGACAGGGAACAAGGACAGGCUGGAUUCCAGAGUCACUCUCAGCACCAAAAGCACAUCAAGGUCCAGAGAGAGUUUAGAUUCUAAAAGUGGUUCUGCUUCCAAAACCAGUUUAGGGUCAAAGGAAGGAUUAGAUUUUAAACCUGCGUCAGUUUCCAAAACUGGUCUUAAUACCAAGUCAAGAAUGGGUUUCAGAGAUGGCCUGGAUACUAACACUUCAGGCUCUGGAUCUAAACUAAGUUCAGACUUUAAAGCCAGUCAAAGUUCUAAACCUUGCCUGACCCAAUCAACUUCAAGACCUACUCUGAUGGCCUCUAGCAUAGACGUGGACCUGGUAUAUAAGUUGCCAUCAUCCUCAAGACCUGUUGUGUCUCAGUGUAAAGAUAACAGCAGUUCAAAACCCAGUUCACAUACUGAAGCUGGAUCAGAGCCUGGAACAGUUCAGUCUAUGCGCUCUACCAGACCUGACUCAGAAAAGAGGUGUCCUGUUCCUGGACUUAAUCUUGGGGCUAACCUUGUUGGAUCAAGCAAGAAGGUCCAGAGGAGUUCUAGUUCUGUUCCAGGUCCUGGUGUGAUAUCAGACUCGUUGACACCUGUGGCCGCUUCCAGCCCAAAAACUAGAACUACUAUAAUAUCAGAGCAUGCUGGAUCUGCUGCUGUGGACAACAAUCCCAUUGGUCUAACUCCAGGUCUUGCCUUUGACUCCAUCACCAAGACACCAGUUAAAGCAGAUGCUCCUGUCAAGGUAGGAUGUUUGAUGGCAUCCCAUGGGGGCAUGAGAAGGGCAGGUGUAACUGACAAAGCAGGGGGUUUGCCUCAAGAACCCGGAGGGAUAUCAAGCACUUUGUCAAGUAAACCAUUUCACCUGGGAGAUGUAAAUGCCAGCACUGCUGUGAGCAACGUCCCGUCGUUAAGGGCAAUGUGGGGAGCAAGUGAGAGAGAAGAGAGGGAGGGGGGAGAGAAACAUGUUCUGGAGAAUUCUUCCUCACCCCUCCAUGCUCUUCUUCCACUAAGUGCCAUGAAUGUCAAAGAUGCAGGUACAAUGACCGACCCCACUGAGAGGCAUUACCUGUGGACAGUAGAGCGGAGGGAGGUGGGCGUCCAGGUGAACGAGGACGUCAUCAUACGCUCAGCUUCCACAAGUCCCGCCCUCCACAGGGAAGCUCCCACCUCCUCCCUGAUUUGCUCACCAAGCUGUCAAUCAGGUAGUUCAAUGGUUCCAUCACUGAGCUGCAUCCCUGCCGGGCAGCCACCCUUCCAGCACGUCUGCAAGAUCGACAUUGAAAUGAGCAGCCAAUCAGUGCUGCCAUCAGAUGUGACAUACAAAGCUAGCUCCCUGCCCACCUGUCUACGUACAUUCAGCUUCCAACAAAGCCCCAGCCUCACUCUGGAGACACAAAAGAACCAAGACGUUAGCACAGAAAGCAUUUGGGAGGUGCAAACAGAGGAGAAGGAGGAAAAACAUGAGGCUGAGAGGCCACAGAAGGUGCUGUGGGAUGAGCAGGGGAUGACGUGGGAGGUGUACGGUGCCUCGGUGGACCUGGAAUCCCUGGGCACAGCAAUACAGUUCCACCUGGAGUCCAAAAUCCGCGAGCAAGAGAAACACAUCAGCACUCUUAGGAAGUCCAUCUGCUCUGACAGCAGCCUCCAAGGAUGCAAGAUGAAGAAGAGUAAGAAGAAGAAGAAGAAGAAGAAUGGAGGAGGGAUUCUGGGGUGUUGCAGGAGGUCGCACUCUGUGGCGGACUGAGAAGGGAAAGCUCGGAUUCCUCUCAAACACACGUUUACACUCAACACAUAUUUGUUCACAUCGUCUGACAAUCGACCCAAAGAUUGUACCACGCUGCACUCACACGGGGAGGCAAUCAAAUCAGGUUUAAUCUGUUUGCUGCCACAUGUUGAUAAGAGAGCUGGCCUUCGUUUCUUGGGAAUAGUCUUGACAUGAUUGGAUGUGGGACAUCCUGAAGUAGGCGUGUCCCGAGCAUGUACCCCACAGAGGGAGAGUUGUUGAAGUGGAGCAGAGACGACUGCGGCGCCCACUUAUUCUCACACUAAAUAUUUCAUUCACUUCCUUCUUCACUGAACACACCAACACAUGAGCAACUGCUGAAACAAGAGCCUCCUCUUUGUUUUCUCCACUGUCCUUUCACAUUUGUCACUAAUGACUGCACUGGCUUUGUUGCACCAGUGGGGGGCAGUACGUACAUGUUGAUGACUCACUUGGCAUACUUGUGAUUCCAGAGGGGGUAGAUGACUUUUAGUUUAUCCCCUUCAUCAUAGCCCCUCCCACCACCACCACCACCUCACCCCUCCUCCUCCCCUGUGGGGUAGUCGUGUUGAAUAAUUCAGUCAUGCUCAUCACAGGUCUGCUCAGCUAUCCUUCUUAGGACUCUGCAUUGACUUCCAUUCAUUUAAACAACAUAAACAAAGCCUUUACCCUGACAUUAACCAUUUAAAAUUUCUAGGGGGCGCUGUGGAGCAAUUCAGCCAUGCACAGUCUUGAGACCCAGACCAGCAGAGAAGGUGUGAUACUGUUAAAGAUUGUGAUUUUCGUGAUUAUUUGUGCAUCCGUUGUCUGCCAAGGACCAAGUACCAGUUUGUUUUCACAAACACCAGAACGGUUUUGCACGGUUGCCAUGGUUACACUGUUUCGCAAAAUGCCAUGAUAUUCGCCACGCAGUCAACAAUGUGUGUUCAGGGAUGUCACCAAAUUCAAGGUGGAUCUGAUAUUUCCUGUGAGCACAGUGCAUGAAAUAGUAGGACGCACACAGGAUUUACCAGUAACAAUAAUUAAG